CAGAGAAGAAGAAGCAGACCUACCCAACUCCCUGACAGAGAUGUAUAUCCUCUACCUGGUGGUUCUGUCCAAGGUGAAGAAGGUCAAGUAUGAUGAAAACACUGACAAAAAUACAUUCUGGACUCCAGAGACCAGGGAAAUGAUUAAAUCAUUGGGAAAACUGGCCUUUGAGCAGUUAAUGAAAGGGAACCUGAUUUUCUAUGAAUCUGACCUGACAGAGUGCGGCAUUGAUGUCAGAGCAGCCUCAGUGUAUUCAGGGGUGUUCACAGAGAUCUUUCAGGAGGAAAAGGGUUUUUUCCAUCAGAACAUGUUCUGUUUUGUCCACUUGAGCAUUCAGGAGUUUUUGGCUGCUCUUCACGUCCAUCUGACGUUCAUCAACACUGGUGUCAAUCUGCUGGCAGAAGAGAAUCAGACUCACCUGAGUCAAAGAUGUCUGAAGAACAAGUUGAGCACUUCUACAAGAAAGCUAUAGAGA